UGGUGUUUAAAAAGAGGCUUCUAAUGGCCUCCGUUUCCAGCAGCAUGGAAUAUGACGAUCAAUGCUCUCUCCCCGCUUUCCGCCUUCUUCACCCCUCGCCGCCACCUCUUCAAUCCCUUUCCAUCUCGCCGCCCAUUCCCACGCCGCCACCCACCACCUCGAGUCGUGGGUGAUUCUAAAGGGACUAAGACAUCCACUGAUCCAAUAUCUGAAAGAGCUCAAUCAGACCAGCUUGUUGAUGGCAUGGACUUUGGUGAACUCUGCAAUGACUUUGAAUGCAUAAGCAGCCCCUUAGUGGAGUCCACAGCAAGACAACUUGUGCGUGACAUACUAGAAAUGAGAGAACAAAAUCGUUCCUUUGGAUGUUUCUCUGUUUCCAUCAAAUAUAAGGAUCCAGUUAGGAAUUUUAUUGGUCGCGAAAAGUACAACAGACCUUUGUGGGCGACUGAUGCCCUUGAGAAGCCUACUGCGACAGUGCAGGAGAUGGUAAUGUUGUCAACCAGUGUACUCAACAUCAAAUGGACACUAAAAGGAAAGCCGAAAUUUCUUGGUUUCCUUGCGGGGAACUUGAUAGUCCGCGUGAAUUCACGAUUUACAUUAAACCAAAUAAGUGGUCAAGUUGUUGAGCAUGAGGAAACAUGGGAUUUAUCUGAAUCAUCACCUAUUGCUCAAGCAUAUUUCUGGAUUUCCAGGAGGUUUUUUGCUGCAAUUGAUGCUAGCAAAGAUUCAUUUGAUGCUGCUAAGAAUAUGCAAACAAGUUUCUCGACAGACAAAGAAAACAUGGAACCUUAUCCUGAUCCAUCCACUGAUCCUACAAAGUUCUUUCAAAGUGAUGAUGGUAUGCAGAAGGAUGCUUAUCAGAUUGCACUCUUCUUGGCUAUUGUUUAUUUUGUUGUACAGUUCUUGAGGACAACCCUAUGAGUGUAAAUUUAAAUUCCCAACAAACUUUAAUAUCUUUUUUUUUGUAAAUAUUGUUCCACAUACCCUUUAUAUUUAUAUAUUAAGAACUUUGAGAUAUUGUUUUUA